AUGGAUUCGGAUCUUCCAGGAUACAAUCGCUAUUUCAAGCUAGGUGGAAAGGACAUUUGGUCCUUUAUCAAUGAAACUGCUGCUGCCCAGGAAAAAUCAUCUGGGGAGAAGGUGGUCAAUUUAGGACAGGGUUUCUUUUCCUAUGCGCCCCCUCAUUUUGCAAUUGAAGCCGUGAAAAAAGCAUUGGAUGUCCCAAUGAAUAAUCAGUAUGCGCACUCCAGGGGUAAGCCGAAUUUAUUGAAGGCUAUAGCUGAAACAUAUUCGGUUAGGUUUGGAAGAGAAUUGUCCACUGACGAAGUUCAGGUGACUACUGGUGCCAAUGAGGGUAUGCUUGCUGUGUUCACUGGAUUGUUGGAAAGAGGUGAUGAGGUUAUUGUUUUCCAGCCAUUCUUCGACCAGUAUAUUCCUAACAUUGAGCUAUCCGGUGGCAAAGUCAUCUAUGUGAAGUUACUUCCACCUUCAGAUUUUGGUGAGAGAACUGUUACUGGUGACGAAUGGACCAUCGAUUGGGAACAGCUCGAAAAAUCUAUCAGUAACAAAACUAAGAUGAUCGUUAUAAAUAGUCCUUAUAACCCAGUUGGUAAGAUUUUCAACGAACAGGAGAUGAGAAGGAUCGGUGCUUUAGCCAUUGAGCACAACUUCUACAUAUGCUCCGAUGAAGUGUACGAGAACUUAUUUUUCAUACCUAAGCUCACCCGAUUUGCUACUCUAGGUAAUGAUAUUGCUAGGAGAACCAUUACAAUCGGUUCUGCUGGUAAGACCUUUGCCGCCACCGGUUGGAGAAUUGGAUGGGUCAUAGCCAACAAACAGAUCAUUCCUCCUAUUACCGCUGCUCAUACUAGAAUUUGUUUCUCUACGCCUGCACCUCUUCAAGAGGGUGUUGCUUCUGCUCUUCAGAUAGCCAAGACAAAUAACUAUUAUAAGCAGAUGAAGGAGGAUUAUGUCACCAAGUAUAAGAUUUUUGACAGUAUUUUCGAUGAGCUUAAUCUUCCUUACACUGUAGCUGCAGGUGGUUAUUAUCUAUUGGUUAACUUCCACAAGGUUAAGAUACCAACUGAAUUUGAGUUUCCCCCUGAUAUUUUAAAGGAAAAGAGAGACUUUAAGCUUGCCUACUGGUUGAUCAAGCAAUUUGGUGUCGUUGCCAUUCCUCCUUCCGUCUUCUACUUGCCUGAGGAUGGCCAUAUUAUUGAGGAUUGCCUAAGAUUUGCAAUUUGUAAGGAUGAUGAUGUCUUGGUUGAAGCAGUCAAAAGGUUAAGACCUUUGAAGAAAUAUAUUGUCGAUUAA